AUGGCGACCAAGCGGCGCGGUGUGCCUACGACCGGCCCGCCGGCGGCCAAGCGAGCCCGCUGCAAGGAGGAGGAGUUCAACGGCGCCCGCUUCAAGGCGCUGUUGCGGGACCCUGCCACUGCCAGAAAGGGUCUGGAGACCUUCGUCUCCACGGCGAAAACGCUGCCGUCUGCCGAAAUAUAUGAUGUCGUGGAGGGGUACAUAAAGAUUUCGGUGGAGUGUGCUGAAAUUUUCAAGCUGCUGGAUGGGGAGAAGAAGCCUGAAAGUGAAAUGAUAUUAAUCUUUCAAGCCCUGGAAACUAUUUUACUGAGGACAGCCAGUGACCUCUCCCAUUUUUCUGUUGUGGGAACGAACAUAGUCAAAAGGUUGAUUCACAGCUACAUGAGAUUGGUCUAUGCUGCACUGUAUUCUGAAAAUCACAGGAUGAGCCGAGUGUGCCUUACCCUGUUGUCAGCAAUGGUGGCUCAGGGGCCAGAUACUGCAAGGGAUGUGUUUAGCCAUUUUGACUUCAAUAAUAAAUUUCUGUCUGGAUUAGUGAAAAAAAGAGACAAGAAGGGGAGACCUGAUGUCCGUAUGGCCUAUAUUCAGUUUGCUCUCUCCUUUUUAAUAGCUGGUGACACUGCAGUUUUGAUGCAAGUGCUGGAAUUAAAAGAUUUCAUCCCAGAUAUUUUUCGUUCUGGAAUAAAGGAAGACAAAGUUUCUACUGUCAAUCUACUUCUCUCUACACUGAAAACUAAGGUGGUUCAAAAUAAAAAUAUUACCAAAACCCAGAAGGUGCGCUUUUUCACUGCAGAAGUGUUGAAUCAUGUGGCUUCGCUUUACCGAUGGAAUGGCAUUACUGAUGUCAGCUCUAAGGAUUUCAAGGUAACUCAAGGUUCUGAAGAGGUGGGAAAGGCAAUGGUACGAGAACUUGUUCAUAAUUUCUUAAUGGACCUCUGCUGCUCUCUGAAACAUGGCAUUACUUUCUAUGAUCCAAGUCUUGGAACUUCUGGCAGGGGAGGAAAUAUAGUCCUUCUGCGCUUUCUGCUUGGUUUAAAAACUGCAACAGAGGAUGAAAUGGUUGCUGAUCUCGUGGUGAAUAUUCUUAAAGUAUGUCCAGAUCUACUGAAUAGAUACUUCAAGGAAACCCAGUAUUCCUUUGUUCCUAGAGUGAAGUCAGCUUGGGCGGACAAUAUGAAGUUACUCAAAAAGAUCUAUGAGGCUCAGCCAGAGAUUUCCAAUUCUUUUAAGACUUCAGAGUUUAUUCCUCUCCCAAGGUUGCUUUCUAUGGUGAUGGUAACAACAGUCCCUGCAGUGUGCAAUAAAAUGAUGUUCACCCAAGGGCUAAAUUUACCAAGCAAAGUAGUGAAGCACAGCAUACUAUCGCUUGUGUCAAGCGUCCUGAAAAGAGCCUUGAAGAAUAUUGAGUACUGCUUGAAUGAAGAGACUUGGCAAAAGUCAGAAAUCUACUCACUGUCAGUGAUGCAGGAAUUUGUGCAGCUGUACAGAGAAGCCGUCAGCAAGCUUUUACCAGACAUGAACAACAUAGUAGCUGUUUGGCAGUCUCUUCUGAAGCAAGGGAAGGAAAACCAAGAUGGACAAGAGGAAAAGAAUGAAACUGCUGUGUCCACUGUAGAGGAAACGACUGAGAUGGCAGAAGUUGCUGAACAACAUGGCUCGGAUGAUGCUGAGACGCUGUUUCUGAAAGCUGCAUUGCUUCAGGUCAUUUGUCUUUAUCAGAAGGUUGUGCCCCACUUGGUAGCACGGAGCAACUUUGAUUUUAGCAAGCUGCUGAAAGGUAUUGUCACCGAGCAGGGCCUCCGAGAGGAGGUCCCCCAUGUUCUGCAGUAUCAUGUACUGAAAGUUGCUUUGGAGCUUCCUGCAAAUAAAUUUGCCUGGUUCAGAGUACAGGAUGUCUCUGACACAGAGAAGACAGCUGGUGAAAAAUCAGUAUUUUAUUUACUGAUGAAAAUGUUUGUUACAAGUAACCAUUCUUAUCUAAAAAUUUCAACGAAAAAACUGAUCAUCAAGGUUUUACAUGACAGCGGAGUGUUUGAGUACACGUGGAAGGAACUUUCAAUUUGGCUGGAACACUUAGAUAAUACAGAAGAAGACAAAAAGGAAGCAGUGAUUCAAUUUUUGGAAAGGAUCCUGUUGAAACUGGUGACAAAUCCCUAUCCAUAUACAGAUAAAGCAGCAGACCUUGUUCAGGAGGCGAGUAUGCUCCAAGUUAACAUGUUUAAACAGGACUCUGAUAAUGUCAGCAUCCCCAUCUCUCACAUUGAUGAUGUCCUUGAUAUGGUAGAUGUCCUAGUUGAGGGCAGUGAUGGCUUAGAUGAAGAAAUUGGGUUCACUUUAAAUGAAGAUACUGUUAUUCAAACAUUUCCAUUCAGUGCUGUUGUCCCUGCUGCGUUAGAAGCCAGGAAUAAACUGCUGCUUCAGACUGAAAAUGAAACAGGAGCACACAUCGUAGAGUAUCUUGUUGGUGUUUUCACUGAUCUUCUACACUCUCAGAGAGAUGCCCUUGCCCUCUGCUUGAUAUUCCAGCUCUAUGAUAAAGAUCUGCAGUCACUGAAAGUUUCUAAGUAUCCUCAACUCUACCAAUUUAACCAGUAUUAUAAUCUCUGGAUACCUCAGCAAGCUCAGGAACCUGUGUUCAAAAAACGCAAAGAGAAAUGCAGAGAACCUGCUGUGCCUCUGGACACUCUGUUUACAACUUUGCUAAAGAAUGCCUAUACAAGAGGAAGCAGUGUCUUGCUGGAAGAUGAUAUCCAGACAAAACUGAGAGACCUGGCUUGCCAGCUCCCAUCUGAACAACUUUUGUUAGGAGUGAAGCAUGUAUUGCUGUACCUGAAAUCCACAGUAGAGAACUUUGGCAGUCUUAGUAAAACUGCAGGUCCUCGCCUUGUUGACCUCUUUGUGGACCUGCUGAACAGCUUGUUGUGCCGGGGAGAUCAGAUAGAGUUGGAUAAUCGGCAGAAACAAGAAAAGCAUCAGACUGAAUCGGAUCUCUUUAUGGAUGAAGAGUCUCUGAUUACAGAGGAAUCUUUAAAUGACAAGACCCUGGAAGAUAUGUUAAUGCUGAUUUUCAAACAUCCGACGCUGGAGAGUUGGUUCCUGGCUUUAGAGCAAAGUUCUCUUCCCCAACACAGUUUAAAUCCUGUCACUGUGAAGCUUCUGUCAGCUCAUGUCAAUUCCGGUGUGCUCCAGCUGCUGAAAACAAGUGCCCCGAUGUUGCAGAGCAUGAAUCAUAUACAUGUGUUAUUGAAGUAUUUUGAUGCUAUCAUAAAAAGUGUAUUGAAAGAGCUACAGGCUGUUGGAAAAGGAGGAAGCCAGGUCUCUCCUAAGAGGUCUCACCAGCUAGAGGCUCUUCAAGAACUGCAUGCAUAUAUGUCUGCAGCUCAGCUGAAAGAGAUCACUUUAACCAUGAUGCGACUUCCGGAGAUGAGCUUGACUACUCAAAAACCUGAAAAAUCCCCUAAAAAAGGGCAACAGUUGAGCUUGUAUGGACAAAUUUUGGUGCAGCUCCUCAAAGACAGCUACCAAAGACAGCCCCAACAAGGAGAACUACUGCUGUCCACAGAGCACAUUAAAGCUUUGGGGAUAUUGAUGUCAGCAUCAGCCAGUGAAGAUUUGGAGAAAGUUUUCCUUCAGGCUCUCCAAAGUGAGCCAGUACUUGCACACGCGGUCAGUGUGGAGGUGCAAGUUUACUGCCUUAACCAGGGGUCAGAAACCUCCCUUGCCAUUGUAAGCAUGCUGAUAAAACACUGUAGGACUCACCUGCUGCAGUUUGAGCUGUGGUGCCUAAGCUGUUCCGUUGAGAAGUGCCUCAGAAAAAACAUGGAGAGAUUUCUUCCACUCAUUAAUGUGUAUUUGCAAUGCAGAGACCGGUAUGAUUUCACCCGACCUUCCACAGUUGUCUCAGCUGUUCUACCUGUCCUGAGAAAGGCUAUGUGGAAAGAGAUCUCUGGUGUACUUCAAGACACAGAAGCAUCUGACAAUGAGGUCACUGUAAAGCUGCAAAUUCUUUCAAAGUUACUGCCGUCUUCACAAAGCAAAGGGCUGCGAAAGCUUAUGGACCAGCUCCCUGCUGCUCUUGAGCAAGCAGGAAAUAAUGAGAGUUGGACAGUAGCAGAUGCCAUCUCUAGAGUGCUUGAAAACUCUGAAGAGCUGCAUUCCUGGAGAAGAGGCCUCUUAUCAGCCUGCAUGAAAGGAUUAGUUGUCAUGUACAACAGCUGUAAAGAUGAAAGCAAGCAAGAUGUGGAGAGGCCACUGCUACUGAGGCUAGAAGAAUUACUGAGCUUAGUUGAAGAAGUGGACCCAGAUGACUGGUACAGUCUUGUGAAGACGGGACUAAAGUACCGCUACAGAGAUGAAGCAUUUCUGAAGUUCCUGAACACUGCUAUUCAGUUUUUAUACAAGGAAGAAUCCUCACUUAGUCAGAGAUUAGUCAAGCUCUCCAAACUUCACAUGAUGGUCACGCACCAUUCUCUAUUUUUGUCAGCCAUGCUGAGGUCGAGAGAAGAAGAUGGCACGAACAUCCAGACAAGAGAGGCACUGGUGGAUAUCCUGCUGACAAUUGUGAAACUUGACCCUUCGGUAUGUGAGAGCAGUCACCUUGCUGUGCUGCUGGGAGCCUAUGGGGCUACGCUGAGUACUGUAGAUCAGAAGAUACUGCUGCUGCUUCAGUUAUAUGAGAAGAAUAAUCAAAGUCUUAUAAAUUCCAGAAUCCUGCUGUGGGGUCCAGCUGCUGUGGAGCAUCACAAGACUUGCAAGAGUCUAGGGAAGUCACUAUGGCAGCAGCCAAGCAUGGAGGAGAUCCUGUGUCUGCUCGAUCGAGAUAAGAUGAUGAAGACAGUUCUGUCUUUCCCUCAGCAUCGCCGUCUUUUGCCAUCAGAGGAGGUACAAGAGUCACUGUAUAGAGAUGAAAGUGUCAAGGAUCUUGAUGAUUUCUAUGAUCCAUGUUUUCUGCUUCAGCUCUUCAGUGAAUUGACCAGACCAGAAUGUUUAGUAGCAUGUCACAAGUUUGUUGAAGUCAAUGCCUUGGGCCUAACGGUGGCUGCCCUUAGUAGCUAUGAUUCCAACAUGAGAGCAGCGGCAUAUUUUGUCCUGGCUUCUUUUCGUUCUCAUCUGGAAGGAGCUCGCUUUCGAGAGCAGAAACAGUUGCUGUAUCUCAUGGAUGCUGUGCAAAAUGGAAUCAGGCAGCAGAACCUCAGAUUUACCUUCUCCCUAACCCUCUACAUUGCUCGUGUGGCACAGCAGAUGCUGAAGCCAGAGGAGCACAUGUAUACAAAGAUCAACAGGUUCCUUCUGUCACACCAGUAUUUGGACCUGAGGAAAGUACCAGGGUUUUUCCAGCUUUUCUACAGUUUUGACUUUGAGCACAAAAUAGAACGUGACUGGGUUCUCAGACUUCUUGGGGAAGGGCUGCGUGAUAAACACUGCUACCAGCUCUAUGACUACCAGAGGAUCUUCCAUGUCAUUCUUUCCUUUUUCAACAGUCCUUUGUGUGAUGAAGGCUCACAGAACCACAUUCUAGAAGUGCUACAAAAUGCUGCCUGUGUCACUAGAGCUGCUUAUGAGCUGAUACAAGACCACAGCCUCCUAACCUGGGUACUGCAUGUCUUAGAGAAAAGGUUUCUGGAAAACAAGCUGCUAAAUAGAAUCAUUUCCUUAGUCCAUACUCUGUGGCUGACAAAUAUAGGAAGCAAGAGAGAAAGCAAGAAAAAGCCGCAGGAGAACAGGAAGCUUCUUCCUAUUCAGCUUGUAAACGAAUUUCUGUAUGUUUUGAUCACUUUAGUUAAACUCAUUCGGACUAAUUUAGAUCAAGCCAAGCUGGCACAGUUUUUCACUACAUUCAGUUCUGUGCUGGGAUAUCGUGCUCUUGUUGUGGAGGCCUUUAAAGAAAUGAGUCGAUUCACUGUGAAUGGCAGUGUUCUCUCAAACAAAGACAUCCUGCUGUUGUUGCAUAAGUGGAGCAUCAUUGAAAAAGACCUGCAGCUCCAAGAGGAUGUGCAGAAUCUUGCUCAGAAAUACCAGAUCAAAGAACUGCUUAAAAAUAUUAAAGAAAAGAGCAAAUCCCAAGCCUCAUCGCGUCGCAGUCAAAAAAGGAGAAAGACAGGAGAAGACUGCAUGGCUGCAGAUCUGAACAUCUCUGAGCUGGAGAAAUGCAGAGAGGAUCUGAGCACCAUAUUUGUCCACUGGGAGCCCGUUUUCCCAGCGCUGCCUACCAAACAUUCAGAAGAACCCCUCAAAUCUGCUGACCUUGCAGAUGAAACAGUCAGUCUGACCUGUGCAUCCGCAUACAUAGUAACAAAAUGGCUGGUGAAGUCUAUGGUUGAGCACAGCCUCAAUAUGCGGAACGUUUCGUUGACUCUGCAGUGGCUGCAGAAUUGCAUCUUGCCGCACCCAGUGGCAGUGCAGGAGGUGCUCAGGGAUGAGACCCUGAGGAACAACAUCUACAGGUUUUACAGUCGGAUCUGUGAGGCCAGCAGUGGGGCAGUGGGACACUUAAAAGAGCUCUGUUUGUUCAGUUCAAUCAUGCUUCACCUGAUGGAUGCUCAGGGCCUGACUAACAACAGCUGUCAUGAACUUGUAAAAACGUUGUGCCAGUCAGCAAUGACGGAAGAGGAUGUGAACAAGAAGGCUGUUUCUGUGUUCCUGACUUCUGUUUACAUCGGAGACGUAUGGCUUGGAGCACAGGAGCCAGAUAUGUUAAUAACCCAUGUCAAAUUGAUCUGCAGUAGUACAGAUGAUAAAUUAAAUGAUGAUGACAUGGAAACUGAUAAACAGGGAGAAGAAGCUAUUAUACCUCUUUGCAGAGCCCUGUUCUCAGCUGCACUGGGACACUGAUUCAGCAAACUGACACUUGUAUCUUUAAUGUUAUAUGCUCUGCCAUCACUGCUGUUAGCCAUGAAACCCUCCUGAACUGUUCUUCAUACGAAACUAACUUUUGUCAUAAGGAUCAAUAUUUUCUUACUUUGUGAGAAUCGGAGGAGGAGGGAUUCAUCGAUGCCUUUUUUUUCUCUGGUUAUGGGACAUAACGCUAUUUAUAUCAUUUUUUUUAUUACAACUAUUUUUAAUGUUAUGAAGAACCAAAGACAACUGAUCAGUCCAUCAUCUCUGGUCUGUAUUUCAGUCCCCGUGCAAUUAAAACCCAUCCUCUCUCUGAUGUAGGAUGUUGAAAAAUGACUGCAGUACUCCACCACCGUUUGGUAUAAAUGCAGAGAACAAGUGCUCAGAGCUUCAGCCACUAUGAUUUACUAUUUCUUGAAAAACCAUUUCUUUCAGGAUACUUCAUACUAAAACAGAUGGCACUGAGCCCCUGGGAUCAUAAUGGUCUAGGAUUCUUCUCAUUUUUAGGUUGCUUUUGAAAGCAUUUCUAGUUGAGGUGGUCUGGUUUUAUUCUCUUUUCUGUUGGUGUUUUAUGGUUUUUUUUUUUUUAAUAAUUUUUUUUAAUUAAAAAAUGCACUGCCCAUCACCACUGCCGGAAAACAUUCAGCCAAGACUCUCCGUUCUGAGAAGAUGAGAGAGAGCUAAGACCCAAAUGACCUUCUGGUGAUUGAUAAAACAUGUGUUUUAUUGGAAAUUCUCUGUGAAGUGUGAUAAAUGUUUCUUGAACAUGGCCCCGAGGGCAGUUUAACAUAUCAUUCCAGACAUGCAAACAGGCAGAGCCUGAACUUGAACCUUUGAAAUGUAAAACAGGAUUUAUUAAAUUCACUCAUGAAUAUGUGCUGUGCCCAGGUACUCCGUGCACGGUCUGUACUGGGGAAAAAUUCAAAGUGCACACUCCUUGUGAUCUUUAUAUAAUGUGCCUUUUUUAAGAAUAAAGGACUAUGAGAUGCAAAUGA